AUGACAUUGCUAGUGACGUCUGUGGCGACACCGGCGGAGUUCCAGCAGGCCAAGGAUAUCCGUUUGCGAGUUUUCCACGAGGAGCAAGGCUUCGACCCGGUGCUUGAGUUUGACGAACACGACAAUGAGCCCUCCACAAUUCAUUUUCUCGGCAAGGACAUUGAGCAGGACAAGUACGUCGCUGUCGGUCGUGUGUUGAUGGACGAGACUACACGCUCGGCCAAGAUCGGUCGCGUGGCAGUGCUCCAGGAAUGCCGCGGCAAGAGCUACGGCGUCGCGUUGAUGGAAGGCAUGGAGCGCCACAUCCGAGACCGCGUAGACUCGUUAAAGCUUUCGGCACAGCUCGACAAGAAGGGAUUCUAUGAAAAGUGUGGAUACCAACGCACCCCUGACGAGAUCCACCUCGACGAAGGCGUCCCGCACUGCUGGAUGGCGAAGGCCGCCAAGGCGUAG